UCAGUCAGCUGUUGUAUCUUCCGUUUACUACUAAAAAACUGCACACCCAAGUGUGUUGGGAAAAAAUCCAUCCAUGGCCACAUGUCCGAGGUGCGGAUUCCGCGGCCAAACGGUGGUCAAUUAUGAGGCAAAUGCCAAUACUCAUUUGGUGGCCCUCUUUAUCUGCUUGGUGGGGGGCAUCUGUUGCUGCUGCAUUCCGUACUGCAAAAACUCCUGCAAGACGGCUACCUUCCAUCUUCAAACACUAAGUACCCUGCAUUUAUUUCGUAGAAAUUGAAGCCUACUUUACUUUUUAUCCAUAGCCACCUUUGCUGGUCAAAAGUCUUUUUACGAAAUUCGUUAAAACUAUAAUCUGACCCCUUCGAUCGCUAAAUAAGUUGACCAACAUCUGUGCUGAUGAUCCAUGGUAACUCCAGUAUAAAAUAUGCAUUGAUACAAAUUCAUGUCAUGAUCAAGGUCUAGCUCUCUCAGAUAGGAAGCAUGGAAGAGCCAAACGAAUUUUGGACCCUUUAGUUUGGGGGCUGAAUCGAAACGUGGAGCACAUCGGUCGGAAUUGUAUAUUGAUAGAAAUGGAGAGCCACAAGCCGUUCAGCUAUAACCCCCAGCAAGUUCCUCCAAUUUUAAAUCAGCCACAAUCAACACAGCCGCUAAUUAUUCUGGCGCCCCUAAAUGUGCUGGGGAAAACAUCAUCAAUGGCGACGUGCCCGAGUUGCGGAGUCCGCGGUAAAACGAAGGUCGAGUAUGAGGCAAGUAACAAGACUCAUUUGCUGGCCCUCCUUAUUUGCUUGGUGGGAGGCGUUUGUUGCGUUUGCUGUCCGUACUGCAACGAUUCCUGCCAGUCGGCCAAUCACACCUGCAGUAGCUGUGGAGCCUACGUGGGAACAUUCAAGAACUAGGAGUGCUGACCCUAAAACCAAUGUCGCCCAAAGCUUUGUAUAUUCAUUAUUAGAAACCUCAUACCAUUAAUAUUUAUGUUUCAUUUAUUGUGUAAUUUGUAAAAAAUAAUCAAGCAAUUUGUUCGUAUUAAGAGUAAUCUCAUCUGUAGCCACGUGCUUAAAGUAUUAAGAAUUGGAAGAUCAAUACGUUAAAAUUGUUCCCUACUUUUGUGCGCAGAUCAAAUAUUUGUAUACCCUUGCUGAGGGUAUAAUGAUUUCAGUCAAAAGUUUGCAACGCAGUGAAGGAGGCGUUUCCGAUCCGAUAUAUAUGUAUAUUCUUGAUCAGCAUUACUAGACGAGCCGAUCUAACCAUGUCCGUUGGUCCGUCCGUCCGUUUUUACGCAAAGUAGUCCCUCAGUUUACUUCCCAACAGUCUUUUUUCUAUUGCAUAGUAUAUAAGUCGAAAAUAACCGGAUCGGAAAACUAUAUCCAAUAGC